AUGAAGAGUCAACAAACUAAAGUCCACUCAGCUUACUUUACCACCAGUAUCUUCCGCCGGUUCCAGGAUCAGAUCCAUCAGUGGUACCCCAUUCUGCAUUCUGAUUUCACGUUCCAUUUCUUCGAGUCCAAAGCUGCCGGCUUUCCUUACUCUACAAUAUCGUGCCUAUCGCUCCUUGUUGCAGCGAUUGCAAGUCUAGUCGAUGGUCGACCUCACACCUCACACUAUGAAGCUGCCUUGUCGAUGAUGCCAAUAGCCAUCCAGGAAUGCAGCAUUACAACACUCAGUGAGGCAUCCAUGCAUUUGAAUCUACCAUACUUCGGCAAAAGGCUUCGCUGCGGGGUGACAACUACUCCAUUGCCAACAAGCACAUGCAUGUGGGAUCACUUUGGUGACUCGAAUACACCCUCGAGCUCAUCUUUGUUCGGAACUCUUCAAGAUAGCGAAGCUUAUUCACCAAAUGAAACGCUCCAAUCACUGUUCAACUUUUGUACCGAGAUAAAUUUACAACAAGUGCUGAAUGGCUAUGCUAGCUCAGCAACAGAGGUGCUGAGUACAUAUGACGACGGCUCUCCCCAUACGGAGAGGAAGGCAAAUCCAAGCCAUGCACUGGGCUCUUUACCAGAUAGUUUUUCUCCAGACAAUGGCCUCGAGUCUCAGAACAUUAAUGGUCCGAUUUGCCGAGCUAAGUACCAUAUGUAUGAGGUGUCAAUCUACUGGCCGGUGAUAUACCGUAUCAUACUUGAUGGAUUCGCAGACAGCGAGUUACUACCAUACGGCCGCCUGUUCUUUGAAUCGGUAACCAGCUUCCUUGGUGCAGCUAAAAUCGCCCUUCGGGUAUGUCUCCCGAAGGCCUGGUUCCUGUGUGCAAGGUUUGUGCUUGCAAUUCCGCUUUUCUGUUCUUGA